AUAAGAGAGGGCAAAACAUGCCCAUUCGUGCAGAACGAGUGUGCAGUGUCUGCCGAUUGAUGAAUCACCUAAUGCGAAUUCACCAACUGAUUAAAAGUUCAACCUGGUUUAACGAGCAAUAAUACUGUUAUAACACACAACAGAGGUUAAUGACAUAGUCAAUGUCUGUAUUAAGCUUAUGUAAAAUAAUUUAUAGACAAGAAAACAACACGUCGUAUAGGCCAUGGCCACAGACCCUACAUUAUAGGGUCUGUAUAAGCGAACAACUCGGGGAACAACUAUAUUCCUGAGAACCAGAGAAAGAUAGAAACAAGCCAAUCGGCUAUUUUGUUACGUAGACGUUUAACCUUCUGUAUAAAGAAUGCAUUGAAAUCAUUGGCCGGCGGAAGGUGGCUCUCAUCAGUUGAAAAAAGGUCAGCAUCGCAGUUGCCAAGAAGCUUUCUAGCAAUCUUAAACAGGCGUUUUUGAUCGUGACCACAGCUAUCUACUUGAACCUGAAUGGAGGCGGUGCGUUCUUCAACCAGUACACGAUGAUACUCAAUGCACUUUUUCUGAGCAUAAUUAGAAACGCACUUAACAUCAGAUAUAGACAAUAUCGGACAUCAGAAAAUAUUUGGAUUUAAAAUAGCCAGCCAUCUGGUGACAUCAUGUUGAGGAAGCUUUGCACUAGACUGUUCUUCAUAUUUUGCAUCCCUCUUAUCCUAUACCUUUUACUAACGGUGGUAUUUAUACAUGAAUCAGCCAGACAAUGGAUUUCAAUCCCGAAGUUAUUUCAACAGAUGUUUGCAACUGUACGAUCCGUUGGGGUGAUAAGUGCUCAAAAAACAACGUUUUUUCUAAAGAAUGCCCAGCAGCCUGUCAUAAUUGGGGACUAUUUUAGUGUGAUUAUCGAAACCCGUAAUAGUACUGGCCAACAUUGUAAAAGUGGAGGCGAUUUCUGGUUUGCAACCAUCAGAAGUCACAAAGGUAAUGCGGCAGGAAAGGUAAUCGACUUCAACAAUGGAACUUACGAAGUAAUAUUUUUUGCUGGAUGGACUGGUAAGGCCACAGUUGAAAUUAUAUUGGUACAUCCAUCAGAGACUAUUGAUUUUAUUGAAGAAAAGCUUUGGCCGAUGAAAGAUCGAAUAAUCUGGAAAGGAGUUUUUUCUUAUAAUAAAAAACAUGAGACUAAAACAUGUAGAUUUGGAAAGCAGAACGAGCACCUUAAUCAAUGCGUGCACAGCUAUCCAUUAGCGUUGGGACAAACUGUGUUUCUUUGUGAAAAACCCCAAAUACUCUCAUGUGACACAUUGAUUUCACUCAAAUCCGUUUCCAAUCAUGUUGAAAAAAAAUUUUCGCAGUUGUUACAUGAAAAUAAGGCUCUAUUUAGCAAGGAUGUGACGUAUGCCAGGCUCAUUAAUGGUCCUCAUGCAAUCGAAAUUAUAUCAACAGGGUCGUCUUCAGAUGUAGCUAAUGAACUGAUGUUACCUGAAUGCACAGCAGAUUUACCAACUCCACUCAGUGAUGGAUUCUGGAUAAAAAAUAUUUGGACUUCCCUACAAUGCAAAUCAAAACAAUGGUCAAAGGAGGAGAUUAUGCAGUGCGUGAAGGGAAAGCAGUUCUACUUCAUGGGGGAUUCUACGACACGACAGUGGAGUCAAGGCUUUUUAGAACUCCUAAACCUCAGUACAAGUCAAUUCACCAAAAUUCCUAAUAUAAAAUUAACAUAUCACAAUAGUGAUGUACUUAAUCUUACUUUUCAUUUCCAUCCAUAUACAAUAGCGCGUAGAAGCUGUCCUUAUCGCAUUGGAAGAUGGGAGUAUGAAAUCAUGGACAACCUCAAUUCCAGCACUUGUAAUUACGUCCUUGUUAUAAGUCCUUGGGCUCAUUACACUCAAUGGGUGAAGCAAGAUUACAUUGAAAGACUAUAUCUCUUACGGGACACAAUUUUGAGAUUAAGGGAGCGUUGCCCUAAAACAAUUUUUGUCGUCAAAACUCCAAAACCUCGGAAUCACAAAACUGGUACUUCGCUUCUAUAUACUGGUGACGGAUUGCUUUAUGAUAUCCGUGAAUUUUUCUUUAAAAUAUUUUCCGGUUUAGGCAUACAUAUUAUCGACGUAUGGGAUAUGAAUUUAGCAUAUCCAAGUUCAAAUAACAUACACAUGCCAAUGCAAGUCAUUUAUCAAGAACUGCAAAUGUUUUUUUCCCACGUUUGUAAAAUGUAAUAUUAAUGAGUCAGAAAUACAUUAGGUCGAUAUCUUUUCAUUUGUUUCAUUUUUAGUUUAGCUAUAAUUUAGACUCAAGAGCUGCAUAAUAGAUGUAUAAUAGUAGUAAUAAUAAUAAUAAUAAUAAUAAUAAUAAUAAUAAUAAUAAUAAUUAAUAAUAAUAAUAAUAUUUAAUAAUAAUAAAUAAUAAUAAUAACAACAACAACACUUUAAUAUCUAUGGCAGCACACAAGAAAUUCAAUCUUAAACUAUAAUUUGUUACUAGUAGUACGCUCACUAAUACACUUCACACAGACGAAGAAGAAUAAAUUGAAUGUGGUCAAUGAAACUUAGGGGUUAUUAGGUAGACCUAAACUGCUGGUAGACAUUUUGUUUAAUAGAUAAAAUGUAUCGUCAAUUAUUAUGAAUUAUUUCAGUGUUGCCUUAUUGUUUCAGUUCUAGUAUACUGCUAUAGUCUAUUAUUUCUGGAUGAUAAACGUUUUAGAAUUGUUUGGACAGGUAUUAAGACAAUUCUAUACAUUGUUAUAAUGUUGACUUCUCACACACAUUUCGUUCAUAUUCAAUAUGAAUAAAAGUAAUAAUCAUAGAUUUAUAUAUUGCAAGCAGAUAUAUUAUAAACAUUAAUUUUACCAAAUCCGAUGGUAUUCUAUACACAUGAUAUGACCAUAGAGAAAAUAGAACAUGACGGACUGUUUAAAUAAUAGCUUACCGUAUUUAAAACGAUCAAAGUCAGAUGAAAUUUUGAAAAAAAAAAUGGAUUUCACUGAUUUACAGGCGGUUCUACAAAAAUCCUUGAACGUAAUACCAGUCAAUGAAUCAUGCAAAAUAAUACAGCAAAUACGCUCAUAAAAA